GACUGACGGGAAACCGAGAAAGUUCGUCGGCGUUUCAGUCGAAAUAGAACACGUGGUUGUGUUAAGGCACUGAGGCUGAGGCGGACAGAACAACAUCCCAUCCACGUCGCGUAAAAUGAUUCUUGCGGGAGAAUUCCUGUCCUGUUGUUUCCCUCUCGCUCACUCUCUCUCCCCGUCGAUUCGCAUCGUUGGAGGAGGAGAGCUGGUUCGUAGAGGCUAUAACUAUAGAUUUUUAGGGUUUAUGCUUGCAGAAACUAGUAAGAAUCUACAGCUCGAUUUCUAGGGUUUCUUGUUCACCACAGAUCGUCGAUCGAGCUAUAAAUAAAGUCUUUCGUUUCUGGAUUUCGUUGUUUUGGGUGGAACUGAUUAGGGCUUCUUUUCGAAUACAUGUUCUUAUUGAACGGCAUCCUUCGGUGAAUUAUAAGAAUGCCUACGGUCUGAGAUGUUUCAAGGUGGAAACUGGGAUACGCGCUCUGUCUGGAAGGGGGCAUCUUGAAAACACGGAUUGUUGAAGGAGGUUAGGAACAGUAUUCCUUGUUAGGGUCCUGUAAAAUAUGAUUAAGCAAAUACUUGGGAAGCUACCUCGAAAGCCCUCAUCAAAAUCUUCACCUAAUGACAGUAACCAUAAUGAUGGGGGGGCUACUGCACCAUCUAUAAACUCUUUGCAUGGAGCAAACCCUGUUACUUCUGGUCAUAACAAUUCAAAGGGUGGUUCCAUUGCUGGAAAAGCUCCAAAUUCAGGUUCUGGUGCCUCCCGCAGUAACAAUGGGGCUUCCGUGCCACAUUCAUCGGCUACGAGUAAAUCUAAUCAAGGGAAGAAAUCUGUCCCUGCUGCCUCCCAAGUAGGCCCAGUGUUAGCUUCUACUACCUAUGAGGCACUGCCCACUUUUAGGGAAGUUCCAAGCUCAGAGAAGCAAAAUCUGUUCAUAAGAAAGCUGAACAUGUGCUGUAUAGUAUUUGACUUUACUGAUCCCUCCAAGAACCUCAAAGAGAAAGACAUAAAGAGACAAACCUUGCUAGAGCUUGUUGACUAUAUUACCUCAGUCACAUCCAAGUUCAAUGAGAUUGUGAUGCAGGAGAUCACUAAGAUGGUGGCUGCCAACUUGUUUCGGACAUUUCCAUCAUCAAACCACGAGAACAAGCUCCCAGAAACAUAUGACCCAGAGGACGAGGAACCCACCAUGGAACCUGCAUGGCCCCACCUUCAGAUUGUGUACGAGUUUUUGUUGAGAUUUGUGGCUUCAUCUGAGACAGAUGCCAAGCUGGCAAAGAGGUACAUUGAUCAUUCAUUUGUGUUGAGGUUACUUGACCUAUUUGAUUCUGAGGACCAGAGAGAGAGGGAAUAUCUGAAGACAAUACUCCACCGCAUCUAUGGAAAAUUCAUGGUUCACCGCCCAUUCAUCAGGAAAGCUAUUAACAACAUAUUCUACCGUUUCAUCUUUGAGACAGAGAAGCACAAUGGAAUUGCAGAAUUACUUGAGAUAUUGGGUAGUAUAAUUAAUGGUUUUGCUUUACCACUGAAGGAAGAACACAAACUUUUCCUUGUCCGGGCACUUAUCCCUCUUCACAAACCCAAGUGCGUAUCGAUGUAUCAUCAGCAGCUUUCUUACUGUAUCACUCAGUUUGUAGAGAAAGAUUUCAAGCUGGCUGAUACGGUAAUCAGAGGUCUUCUGAAAUACUGGCCUAUCACUAAUAGUUCAAAGGAGGUUAUGUUCCUUGGUGAGUUGGAGGAAGUUCUUGAGGCCACUCAGGCAGCUGAAUUCCAGCGCUGCAUGGUGCCUUUGUUCAGGCAGGUUGGCAGAUGCCUCAACAGCUCACAUUUCCAGGUAGCAGAGCGAGCUUUGUUCCUUUGGAACAAUGACCACAUAAGGAAUUUGAUAACACAGAACCGUAAGGUGAUAUUUCCAAUAAUCUUUCCAGCCUUGGAAAGGAACACCAGAAGUCACUGGAACCAGGCUGUCCAGAGCCUGACAUUGAAUGUGAGGAAGAUCUUCACGGACGCUGAUCCAGAGCUCUUUGAGGAAUGCUCGAUCAGAUUCAAGGAAGAUGAAUUGAAGGAGAAGGAGACACAGGAGAAGCGGGAAUCUACAUGGAAGCGCUUGGAAGAUGUUGCAGCCUCCAAGGCUAUAAGCAAUGAAGCUGUGCUUGUCUCCAGGUUUGCCUCUUCCCUGGCCAUUGCUACCAGCACAACUCCACGAGCCACUGUGGGUAGUUGAGAGCUGUGAGCUUUGAGGUUUGUAUGUGUUUUCUUGAUGAUUCAGGGACCCAGGGGGGAGGAGUGUAAGGUUGGCCCCUCUGUUAUUUUGCAUAUAUUAUAAUCACACCUGCAGAAUUGAAGGUGGGGGGGGGGGUCCUUGGCUAUUGGGGGCAGUUCUUUUUUUGGGUCCUAUUAAUCCCUUUCUCCUUUCAAUGGUCUCAGCCAUCAAAAGCGUUAAGUGUGUGUAUCAUAAGGGAUUUGGUUAUAGAGGUAGUAGUAAUUCUGCGGAUUUCCUACUUAAUGAUCUUUAUUUCAUGUAAUAGUGCAAAGAUUGUAUCCUUUUGUGCUUCUGCCCAUUGGUAAUUCAAAGUUACCCCUUUCCAUUUGUCA